AUGGCAUCGCAAGAAGACUCAGUGACAAAACCGAAGCAAUGCGUCCAAAUCGAGCGACUCCGCGAAGACAAUGAGUCCGAUGUCGAAGGUUCGAUCGACUCAAGGCAAAACUUAAGAAACAGCCGCGCCCUCACAUCCAACCAUGUCCCCCCAACCGCGAUUCCAUGGACUACAUCCACCAUCAUCGGCUUCCAAGCCUUCCUCAAAUGGGCCCGCACACCCUUCGGCUUCUUCGUCGUGCUCUACAGCCUCAACGUCGUCGCCUGGGGCGGCAUGCUCUUCCUGCUCCUCUGCAACGCCAGUCCCGCCAUGUGCUGGGCGCCCGUCCCUACGCAACCGCGGAUGUUCAGCUGCAACAACAUCAACAGCCCGCGGCGCAUCUGGAUUGAAAUCGACUCGCAGAUUCUCAAUGCUCUCUUUUGCGUGACUGGCUUUGGCCUUGUGCCCUGGCGGUUCCGGGAUUUGUAUUACCUGCUGCGGUAUCGCUUCAUGAGUCAACGGAGGUACGGAUUGGAGAAGAAGAUGUACGGCUUGCAAGUCCUGGCGGGCAUCCACCGGACAUGGUUCCGCCUUCCAGGCUCGUCCACACUGGACGAUAUGUCACUGGCGGAGUACAAGCGCACGCUAGGUCAAUCGACUGCGGAUUGCUCGCAAGCGGAGAUUCGAGUUGCUCUGCCUCCCAACAAACAGCUUGGUGACACGCUGAGCGGGGUUCGCGCUCCUGCGACGGCUGUGUGGAAGAUGGACUUUUUUGUCUGGUGCAAUGUGGGCAACACCUUAUUUCAGGUGAUGUUGUGCUUUUUCAUGUGGCAUCUAGACCGAUACAAUCGGGCGCCGUGGGCGACGGGCCUGUUCAUUGCGUUGGCCUGUAUUGUGGUUGGUGCGGCGGGGAUCAUGAGUUUGGUCGAAGGCAAAAAGGUGAAGAAGAUCGAAGGAGUCGCCAAGAUGGUUGGCACGACUGGUGAUGAUCCGCAAGAUAUGGUAUAG